AACUUUGUUGUUUUGAUAUGUUGAUGAUUCAAUAAGCGGCGUGUCAUUAAAUUAAAAUUAAAUCAACUUUUGGAUGAUUCAAUCAAUGAAAACAACGGAUUAAUUGUAUGAUGGGAAACGAAACAAGUAUAUUAAAAAAAUGUAAUGUUUCAUGUAAAUCAGAAUUUCAAACAAAACAAUGGUCAUUAUUUGAUGCUAAACAUGAAAAUCAAUCAUUUAGUGUAUUUAUUUUUCAAAAUAAUGAUUAUUGUUAUGAUUUUAUGGUUAGUGUGUAAUAAUUCAAUUCUUUUGAUUCGAUUCUUGAUGAUUUUUUUUCAUUCAUUCAGAAAUGGAAACAUAUACGUCAUCCAUAUUUGGUAAAAUUUUAUGAAUCUGGUAUUUAUAAGAAUAAAAAAUAUAUUCUAACCGAACCAGUAAUCCCACUGCGACAAAUAUUCGAACAUUAUCAUCAAUUUUUACGUUUAAGUGGCCUAUAUAAUAUUGGUGAAGCCAUAACAUUUUUACAUCAAAUUUGUCAUAUAUCCAUUAAUAAUUUAUCGAUUGAUUCAAUAUUUAUAUCAAAAAAUGAUCCAAAUGAAUUAUGGAAAAUUGGUUCCCUAUAUUGGUGUAGUACAAUCGAAACAGAAACCAUGGAUUUUUUGAAAAAUCUUUUGAAUUUUCAUAAACAAAAUGAUUCCCUGCAGAUAUUACCACCUGAAAUUCGUCAAAUCGACAAUCAAUCGAAUCAUUUGAUCAAAUCAAUAAACGAUAUUCAUCAACGAGAUAUUUAUUCGUUUAUAAUAUUAAUACAGGAAUUGUUUUAUGAUUCAAACAACGUGCAACCAAAAUCCGAUCCAAAUAAUCAUCAUAAUUUUAUGGCCAAAAAAUUGCUGGAAAAUUUUUUCCAAUCGAAACCCUCGGAAAGACCAUCAUCAAUACAAUCGAUACUUGAAGAUCCAUUAUUUAAAAAUUGUCCAUUUGUACAGCUUCGACAAUUUCUAAGUAAUUUUAGUCAAUAUAAUGAUCGGGAAAAAUUUACUUUUCUUGAAAAUCUUAUUGAAAAUUUAAAAAAAUUUCCAGAUCAAUCAUUAGUUGUAAAUAUAUUUACAAUGAUUGUUAGCUCAAGAUUUAUAAUGUCAAAUCGUUUAGUUUAUAAUAAUGUUAUGCCUUAUUUUCUUAUACCAUUAUCAUCAUUAUCAUCGAAAAACGAUGAAAACUUACCCAAUCAACAAUAUCUUUUGACCAAUGGUGAAACAAUCACAUUAAAACCAUUCAUCAAUGAACAAAUUUAUCGUAAAUCAAUUAUACCACAUUUAAUGAAAUUAUAUUGUGUACAUGAUUAUAAAAUACGUAUCCUUUUACUGAAAUAUCUUCCACAUUAUGGUCGUUGUGUAUCGAAACAAUGUUUGAAAAAAAUUCUUCUACCACAAAUUUUAUUAGGUAUAAAAGAUUUGGAUAAAGAAUUAGUAUCAUUAACAUUUCGUUCGAUUGCAACACUGAUUGAUUUAUUUGGUGUUUGUGAUGUACUUGGUGGUGGUAUGAAUCGUAUCAGAUAUUUUUCAACAAAUGUUUCCGAUAAUAACGGGGAAAAUGAUUCGAUCAAAUCAAUGGAUAAUAAUGCUGUUGGCCGAAGAAAUUCAUUCGACAGUACAAAAUCAUCAAGCAUCUUUGCCGAAGAUGAUGAUCAUCAUCAGAAAUUAGUAACAUUUGAACGUAGUUCACCUGAUGGUGGUGAAACAAUUUCGAAUGAAAAUAUCAAUAGCAAUAAAUUCCCAUUAUCAGGCUCAAGGGUUAACAAUUUGCAAUAUGGUGAUGAUGAUGAUGAUGAGGAAUGGCCAGGCUGGGAACCAAAUGAACAAUUAACGAUUCAGCCGCAGCAAUCAACCUUAAUGACAAGCAAUAAUAAAAGUGAUUCAGUAAAAUUAAUGAAAAAAGUAAAAAAAUUGGAAGAAAAUUUUAAAACAUUCGAUAUAAAAGAAAUUGAUUUCAAUCAUGUAAAUCAUAGUAAAGAAAUUGAUAAUCUUUUUAUGGAUAUGGCACCAGUGGUGAAUUUUAAUCAUCGAAAUUCUCAUUUGGAUUCAAAAACACCGAUCAAAAACGAUGCAAUGAAAAAAGAAUCUGAACCAUCGAUUGGUUCGGAUGAUGAUUUACAACAAUCCAUCCGUAUUGAUUCAAGUAUUUUUGCGGAUAAAAAUGAUUUCGAUCAAAAUCAUAUCGGUUGGAAUGAUGAUGAUGAUGGCGGUGGUGGUGGUGGUUGUUUUGAUUGGAAUGAUGAUUUGAAUGGAUCGUUGAUCAUCAACGAUGAUGAUGAUGAUGAUGGUGAUGGUGAAAAAGAUGAUAAUAAAGACAAUCAACCAACAGAUGUUGUGGUUAAAUGAAUUGAAAAUUUAAAAAAAUAAAAAAAUGUUUUUUUAUA